AAAAGGGAUUCCCAAAACCAGUUUCCUCUUCGCACGCGCCCCCUCAUUUGCAUGCAGACCCCGCCCCCGCGGAAGAUCCGGGCAUGUAUUUGCAUAAGGGGGUACUUGAAACGUUAGGGUGGCAUGCAAAUAAGGGCUGGCUCCGAUUGGCUGGGGUACAGCAGGUGCUGCGUCCGGAUUGAUCAAAGCCAAGUGGGCGGGGCCGUCGCCCGGGGCGACUCUCUCGGGAAGCUAGUGCCCUGUCUCAGUAGCUUCGGGGCUGGCGCGCGCGGCGAAUCUUAAGGUUGCUCUGUUUGCCGGCUCUUCUGGGCCACCAGUUUCCUUACCUUCCAUCCUGGCGCCCCCCAGUCCUGGUUCCCCGGCCUCGCUGCCCCGGGCGUCCACGCCUUGCGGGCUCAGCGGGCUCAAUCUGCGCAGCUCCUCCUCCAUGUUGACUAAGCCUCUGCAGGGGCUCCCGGUGGCCCCCAUGACCCCCACGCCGCCGCCAGGAGGCAAGGAUCGGGAAGCGUUCGAGGCCGAGUACCGACUCGGCCCCCUCCUGGGUAAGGGGGGCUUUGGCACCGUCUUCGCAGGACAUCGCGUCACAGACCGACUCCAGGUGGCCAUCAAAGUGAUCCCCCGGAAUCGCGUGCUGGGCUGGUCCCCCUGGUCAGACUCAGUCACAUGCCCACUGGAAGUGGCACUGCUAUGGAAGGUGGGUGCAGGUGGUGGACACCCUGGUGUGAUCCGCCUGCUUGACUGGUUCGAGACACCAGAGGGCUUCAUGCUGGUCCUUGAGCGGCCUCUGCCUGCCCAGGAUCUCUUUGACUACAUCACAGAGCAGGGCCCGUUGGGUGAAGGCCGAAGCCGCUGUCUCUUUGCCCAGGUAGUGGCAGCUGUUCGGCACUGCCAUGCCCGUGGAGUUGUCCAUCGUGACAUCAAGGAUGAGAACAUCCUGAUGGACCUCCGCCGGGGCUGUGCCAAACUCAUUGAUUUUGGUUCUGGCGCCCUGCUUCAUGAUGAACCCUACACUGACUUUGAUGGGACAAGGGUGUACAGCCCCCCGGAGUGGAUCUCUCGUCAUCAGUACCACGCACUCCCAGCCACUGUCUGGUCACUGGGUAUCCUCCUCUAUGACAUGGUAUGUGGGGACAUUCCCUUUGAGAGAGACCAGGAGAUUCUGGAGGCUGAGCUCCACUUCCCUGCCCACGUCUCCCCAGACUGUUGUGCCCUAAUCCGCCGGUGCCUGGCCCCCAAACCCUCUGCCCGACCCACACUGGAGGAGAUCCUGCUGGACCCCUGGAUGCAGACACCAGCUGAGGAUGCAUCCCUCAACACUCCCAAAGGGAGUUCCACCCCUUUGGCCUGGUCCCUACUGCCCUAGUCCUGGCCAGGGCCCCCAUUAGUUGGAAUAGCCAUCCCAUGGCCACGCCACAGGGAUAGAUGGACAUCUGUUGAUCUGGUUUUACAGGUCAUUAAAAAUCCAGUGUUACUAGGGUCAGAGAUUGGGGAUCAGGUGUCAGAAGACAUAAGCCAAGUUUACCUAGUCCCUAUCCCAAUCCUGCUAAGGAGCCUUCCUCCCAGAACGUAUGCUCUGUUAUUCUGGAGGGGGUCCUUCUUUGCUUCUUGUUUUGCUAAGGGUGUUUAUUUGGUUGAAAUUACAUUCUGAGCCUGCAGGGCUCUUAUUCUGAUGAGCAGUAACCCCUACACUGGCACCUCCUGCUACCACCACACAAACUUAGUUUAAAUGCUCUGACUUGGGCAAGGGUGCUUUCCUUCCAAUACCCCAGCGGCUCUUAUUUUAGCAAAGGGACACUUUCCCCUAGCCUAGGGUCCCAUAUUCAGUCAAGCUGCUUGCCUACCUCAGCCCAGGGUUGUUUAUUCUGGGGGAGGUAAGCCCUAUUGUUGUCCCAGGGCUUUUGUGUGUGUGUGUGAGGGGACCCUACUCUGUUAUCCCAAGUGCUCUUAUUCUGGUGAGGAGAAACCCCACUUUCAUGAUUUGGGAGGGGAUGGGAGAUGGACACUACUAGAGUCCACUAGGAUGGGGUGGAUGGUUUUUGGGGGGAUGGAGUGAGGGAAAUGUCUUGUUGUUUGUUCUCCUAGGGCCCCACCCUCCACCUUUUUUUGAUUCUUGCUGCCUCCUUCUGAGCCAGGGUUGUCCAGUUGCUGAAAUGUAAAUACUUAUGUAUUGGGGAAGGAGAGCUCCAACUGUAUCUUCCUCUUCCUUCUCCCCCGCCUGGAUUAUUUAAAAAGCCAUGUGUGGAAACCCACUAUUUAAUAAAUGUAAUAGAAUCAGAAGCGACUGGCC